AACUCAAAUCGCAAAAUCUUUUGACUUGUUUUUUCAUCACAUCAUUCAAUUCUAAAUAAUAAUAAAAGCUUCUCUUUCCAAUUAUAUCUAAUAAAAAACUAUAUAUCUUGUUAAGUUUCAUUCUUGUUUUUCUUCUCAAUUAUGACUUUGGUAGAUGAGCAAUAAUAAUCUGAAAAAUCAUCAGUUUAUUUGUCAUCCACCUUCUUUAUGUGUAAAACGAAAAUGGCAGUUGAUGCUGCACAACCCAUUUCAACCCCAGCAAGAAGAUCAACAACUCCGAAAAUCACUUCUACACAACAGGCACAAUCUUCUACAUCUAAAUCGGGUCCAUCAAACAGCAGCAAUCGGGUCAGUUACACCUCCAACUCCGGUUCCGGGUCAGGGUCCGAAUACCACCUUGACACCUCCGUCGCAACCACCUCCGUCUCCAGCCAGGCAUCGCUCACUAGUUUCCGAGCAUCGUUGCCGGAUAAUCCUCAAGUUUAUGAUUUCUCCGAUAUUCGUGCCGCCACCAACAACUUCCUUGCCAAGCGCUACUCAUCCACCUCUUCAUCCCAAUCGUGGCGAUGCACGCUCCAUGGCAAAGAUGUAAUUAUCUUCCAACGAAGAAUCUACCAGAAAUCUAUGGAAAAGGCUGAAUUGAGGGCGAAAUUAUCAGUUAUUUGUAGAAGUCAUUAUAAAAGUAUAAUUAAACUCCUCGGUGCAUCAAUUUCUGGCGAUCAUAUUUACUUAGUGUACGAUUUUGUCCUGGGUUCUAACCUUUCUCUCUGCCUCCGGAACCCUAGAAAUCCAAGCUAUACGGUUCUCUCCACUUGGAUGUCACGAAUUCAAAUCGCUACUGAUGUUGCUCACGGUCUGGAUUAUAUACACAACACUACCGGUUUAGAGAUCGAUCCAGUUCACAAAUAUGUAAAGAGCAGUGGAAUCAUCGUCACCGAGCCUUCCUUUAACGCAAAAAUUUGCCAUUUCGGAGCAGCGGAGCUUUGCAGUGGAAGCGAGAGCAAAGCCGUGACGAAUGGCGGUGAGAUCUACGAGGAUGCAUCAGCAGUUUCAACGCCGGGGCGAAAGGGAUCGGGGACUAAGACUCGCGAGUUUGAAGGCGUGAGAGGUUACAUAUCGCCGGAGUACCAACUGACAGGAGUAGCAACACAGAAGUCCGACGUGUACGCAUUUGGAGUUGUGCUGUUGGAAUUGUUCUCCGGCGAAGAACCUGUGAGGUUCAAGUACGACAAGGCAACCGGAAAUUACAGUAAAAUCUCCCUUAUAGAUACGGCGAGGGUAGUAGUUGAGUGCGGCGGCGAUAGGGAGGAAGACGGCGGCGUAGGAGUGGAGAGACAGUUGAGGAAUUGGGUGGACCGGAGGUUGAGUGACUCGUUCCCGGUCGAGGUGGCACAGAAGGUAAUCCGGUUGGCAUUGGAUUGUUUACACGUGGAACCAGAUGAUAGGCCCGAUAUGCGCCGCGUGGCGGGUAAGAUAUCAAAGCUGUAUUUAGAGUCCAAAUUUUGGUCGGAUCGGGUCAAAAUGCCCACGGAAAUAACCGUGUCAUUAGCACCUCGAUGAGACGAUAAUUUUUUUUUUUGAUUAUUUCGUGAAAAUGUACUUUUCCAAAGAAUAUUUGACAUAAUUCCACUAAUUAGUUUAAAGGAGAAUAUAUUUGCUGUAAAUUUUGUCAGUUUA